AUGGAGGCAACUAAGUAUAAAAGGACGGACGAUUUGCUCCAGUCUUCAAUCCACUCUCGUCUCCUUCUGCGCUUCUACAACUAAUAAGCGAGUCGACAUGAAAACCUCAGUGGCAGUCGUUGUCGUUUUGAUGGCAUGUGCCGUCUCUGCCCAGUUCCCGGCUGGUUUCAAUUACAAUCCCUUCCUCUACUACCCCUACACCGCCCAACCGGCGCCCGUACAGGAAACGGCCGAAGUUGUCGCCGCCCGUGCCACUCACGCUGCUGCUCACGCUUCCGCCAGAGGAUCACGAGUCAUCGCCGCUCAGCCCGUUCCUGUUUGGGGACAACCCGGUGCCGUUUUGGACACUCCCGAAGUCUGGGCCGCUAAAGUCGAACAUUACCGCGCCCAUUCGGCCGCUGCUGCCGCCAACGGAGUCGUUUCGACCCUUCCACCUCUGCAAGUCGUCGGAUGGGGAGUCCCGCAACCCGUCCAGGACACUCCCGAAGUAGCUGCAGCUCGUGCCGCUCAUUUGGCCGCUCACGCCGCUGCUGCCCGUGGUAAAAGAUCCAUCGCAGAUGCCCCCGAUGUGGCCGCUGCCAAACUCGAACACAUCCGCGCUCACGCUGUCGCUGCCGCCGCUAAUGGAGUCGUUUCCAGCCUUCGCCAUUUGGAACCCGUUCCCGUCUGGGGACCCCCACAGCCCGUCCAGGACACUCCCGAAGUCGCCGCUGCCCGUGCUGCCCAUAUGGCCGCUCUAGCUGCCGCUGCCGCUCGUGGCAAACGAUCCAUCGCCGAUGCUCCCGACGUUGCGGCUCUUAAACUCGAACACAUCCGCGCUCACGCCGCUGCCGCCGCUGCCAACGGAGUCCUUUCCAGCCUGCGCCAUUUGGAGCCCCAAGUUCCCGUCUGGGGUCCCCCACAGCCCGUCCAGGACACUCCCGAAGUCGCUGCUGCUCGUGCUGCCCACAUGGCUGCUUUGGCUGCCGCCCGCGGUAAACGCUCCAUCGCUGACACUCCCGAAGUGAUGGCCGCUACCAUCGAGCAUUACCGCGCCUACAACGCCGCAGCUGCCGCUAACGGAAUCAUGGCCUACCUGCCGGCCCGUUAUGCCAACAUGCCCUUCGGUAUGCCCCAACAGGUUCAAGAGACUCCCGAAGUAGCCGCUGCCCGUCGCGCUCACCUGGCCGCCCACGCCCAUGCCGCCGCCCGAGUUGCCAAAGUUGUCGCCGUUCAGCCGAUCCCAACUCCCGUCCCCGUGUGGAGCCAACCGGCCGUCAUCCAGGACACACCCGAAGUUUACGCAGCCAAAUUGGCCUUCUUCCGCGCUUUCAACGAAGCCGCCAUUCGCUCCGGUUGAAUCUUGUUGCCAAACAGCUCCACACAGUCAUCUUCAAAUCCCCACUCAUUUUUUUUCUGUUUUCUAAAAACAUUCAAAGAAAUUGCUGUAAAUUGAACAUUGUAAACCUUUCGCGUAAUAGUGAAACUUUCACUCAUACCAGCCGUCUAAUAAAAUGCAUUAAGAAUAAUUGCUAA